GGAUAAAACAUGUUACUCCAUCAGGCAGCUCAUUAAAGACUGUGGAGGAAGACACUACCACAUGUUAAAAAAUGACCACACACUGUUAAUGGAGAAGAUGGAGAACAUUGUGCAGGACAACAGAGGAUCCUUUCUCUCCUUCACUGAAGAGACCAUCAGACCAAAGUCUGAGCCCAUGAGACCAGCUUUAAACCUGGUUCUGUGUGGGAGGACAGGAGCAGGGAAGACUUCAGCAGCCAAGGCCAUUUUAGGUCAGACAGAGCUUCAUCCAGAGAGUGUUAAACAUCAGGGAGAGGUGUGUGGACGUCCAGUGUCCCUGGUGGAGCUGCCUGCCUUGUAUGGAAAACCUCAGGAGGCAGUGAUGGAGGAAUCAUUCAGGUGUGUGUCCCUCUGUGAUCCUGAGGGCGUCCACGCCUUCAUCCUGGUCCUACCUGUGGGUCCCCUCACCGAUGAAGACAAGGGAGAGUUAGAGACCAUCCAGGACACGUUCAGCUCUCGAGUCAAUGACUUCACCUUGAUUCUGUUCACUGUGGAGUCAGAUCCUGCAGCUCCUGAUGUUGUUAACUUUGUAAAAGAAAGCAGAGACAUCCAGGAGCUCUGUGAGAGCUGUGGAGGAAGAUAUGUUGUUCUCAAUGUCAAGGACCAGCAGCAGAUUGCCAAGAUGUUGAAUAUGGUGGACAAACAACAGUGCUAUACAACAGAAACACUUGCACAUGCCCAAAUAGCCAAGAUCAUCCAACAAGAGAAACUUAUCAACAUGCAACAUGCUGAACUUCAGAUGCUAAAAAAGAGCACCAUCACUGGUGAUGAUGAGAAGCAGAGCUCAGAGUGUCUCAGGAUUGUGCUGAUAGGAGAGACCGGCUGUGGAAAAAGCUCCUCAGGAAACACCAUUCUCGGAAGAAAGGAGUUUACCGCUGAACAAAGCCAAACAUCAGUCACAAAACUUUGUCAGAAAGCAGUUGGUGAGGUGGACGGUCGUCCUGUUGUUGUGGUCGACACUCCUGGUCUGUUUGACAAUAGUUUGUCCCAUGAAGAGGUUAAUGAGGAGAUGGUGAAAUGCAUCAGUCUUCUGGCUCCAGGACCACAUGUCUUUCUGUUGGUGAUCAAAAUUGGUCGAUUUACACAGCAGGCGAAGGAGACAUUAAAACUCAUCAAGGAAGUCUUUGGAAAGAAUUCUGAAAACUUCACCAUCAUUCUUUUCACUGGAGGAGAUUCACUGGAAACUGACGAAGUGUCCAUUGAAAAAUAUGUUAAAGAAAAAUGUGUUGAUUCCUGCAAGAAACUGAUUGCUGACUGUGGAGGAAGAUACCAUGUGUUCAAUAACCGUGAUGAACACAACCGGACACAAGUCAGAGAGCUGAUAACCAAGAUUGACUCCAUGGUGAAGACAAAUGGAGGCAGCUGCUACACUAAUGAGAUGCUGCAAGAGGCCGAAGCAGCUAUAAAGAAAGAAGUAGAGAGGAUCCUAAAAAACAAGGAAGAAGAGAUACAGAGAGAGAGGGAGGAUCUCAGAAGAAAAUAUGAUGAGGAACUGCAGAUGAUGGAAAGAAGACUGGAUGAUGAGAGAGCAAAAGCUAAAGAGAGAGAAUUCAGAAGGAAACAAGAUAUUGAAAACAUUAGCAAGGAGCUUGACAAAAGAAGAAAAGACCAAGAAAUGAGAGAAGAAGAGGAGCGGGUGAGGAAAACACAUGAAGAAUCAGAGAGACAGAAAUGGGAAAAAAAACUUAAAGCUAUGGAGAUAAAAAUGAAACAAGAAUUGGAAUCAAAGGAAAACAUUGACAAGAAACUGACGCAGAAAACAGAAGAGAUGAAGGAACAACAAGAGGCUUGGGAAAAGAAACAAAAAGAAUGGUGGUUAAAAAGAGAUCAGGAAAAUAAGGAAAGGCUACUGGAGGAAAGUGAAAUAACUGAAAAGUUCAAAGAAGAACAGAAGAUUAUGAAGGAAACGUAUGAAAACGAGAGAAAGGAAGAGGAAAAAGAGCGAAAGGCGUUGAAGGACAAGUACGACAUGGACCUGAUGCAUUUGAAGAAGGAACAUGAAGAAGAGGCCAGAGCGAAAGCAGAGGAAUUCAAUGAAUUCAAAGAGAAAUGCCUAAAAGACCUAGAACGGGAGAAACACAUGAAAGCAGAAGAGUACAACAUCUUAAAGGAGAGUGACAUCAUGGCAGCAACAGUGUCUGAGCUGAGGGUCGUUCUGCUGGCAGACAGCUGGUCUGAGAGGAGCUCAGUGGGGAACUUCAUCCUGGGAGAGACUGUGUUCAACACUGAGGAAGAACCAGACCGCUGUCUGAGAGGAAGAGGACAGUUGAAAGACAGAGAUGUAGUUCUGAUCAACACCCCAGACCUGCUGCAUCCUGACAUCUCUGAAAACAAACUGACAGAACAUUUGAAAAACUGUGUGAGACUCUCUGAUCCUGGACCUCAUGUGUUCCUGCUGGUUCUGCAGCCUGAAAACUUCACUGAGAGACACAAACUGAGACUCUGCAGAGUCCUGAAACUCUUCAGUGAUCAAUCAUUUGAUCAUUCAUUGAUCCUGAUAUCACCACCCAGAGAGGAGAGUUCAGGUUUCACAGACAAAGAUGAACCAGAGCAGCCCUUAAAAGACCUGAUCAAGAAAUGUAGAUACAGACACCUGAAGCAGAAGAACCUCGAACCACCACCUUUGGUUUCUGAUCAGGACACCAGUCUGAAACAAACAGGAGAACUCAGUGUUGACUUGGAUCCACCAAAAGCUUUUGAGACAAAGGCUCCCAGUGAAUAUACCCUGUCCCACCAGUCAUGUGAAUUCAGGAUUGUGUUAUUUGGAAAAAGUGAGGACAAAAAGAAGACACUGUGCAACUUGAUCACGGGGAGCAAACAGGUGCUAUAUCAUAAAAUAAAUAUCAAAAAGCAAUGUGAGGUCGCCUGUGGAGAGUGGAGCGGAAAGCCUUUGAAAGUUGUGAAAACUCCAGACAUCCCCAGUCUUUCUGUGGACGCAGUCAUAGAAGAGAUGAGGAGCUGCAUGACUCUUUGCCUCCCCGGACCAAAUGUCCUGCUGCUGAUGGUGAAGCCUUCUGAAUUCACAGAGAAUAACAGAAAAAUGCUGAAGUUCAUCCUGAGUCUGUUUGGUCAAGAUGCUUUCAAACACUCGAUGGUCAUUACGACACAUGAGGGCGGUGAAACGCGUCAGUCUGUCAGUCAGCUCAUUGAAGACUGUGGAGGACGACACUACAGCAUGGCUCAAAACAACCGUCCAUCACUAAUGCAGAAGAUGGAGAACAUCGUACGUGACGCUAAUGAAACCUUCCUCUCCUUCACUGAAGAGACCAUCAGACCAAAGUCUGAUCCCAUGAGACCAGCUUUAAACCUGGUUCUGUGUGGGAGGACAGGAGCAGGGAAGACUUCAGCAGCCAAGGCCAUUUUAGGUCAGACAGAGCUUCAUCCAGAGAGUGUUAAACAUCAGGGAGAGGUGUGUGGACGUCCAGUGUCCCUGGUGGAGCUGCCUGCCUUGUAUGGAAAACCUCAGGAGGCAGUGAUGGAGGAAUCAUUCAGGUGUGUGUCCCUCUGUGAUCCUGAGGGCGUCCACGCCUUCAUCCUGGUCCUACCUGUGGGUCCCCUCACCGAUGAAGACAAGGGAGAGUUAAAGACCAUCCAGGACACGUUCAGCUCUCGAGUCAAUGACUUCACCUUGAUUCUGUUCACUGAGUCAGAUCCUACAGCUCCAGCUGUUGUUAACUUUGUAAAAGAAAGCAGAGACAUCCAGGAGCUCUGUGAGAGCUGUGGAGGAAGAUAUGUUGUUCUCAACAUCAAGGACCAGCAGCAGAUCCCAGAGCUGCUGGAUGCUGUGGAAAAGAUGAAACUGAGACCCAAUGAAGACGAACCACACGGCUACACAACAGAAACAUACGCACAUGCUCAAAGAGAAAAGAUCAGCACACUUCAGGCUGAACUGAGAGACCUGAGAUCAAAAAGCACAGUCAGCUGUGAUGAUGAGAAGCAGAGUCCAGAGUGUCUCAGGAUUGUGCUGUUCGGGGAGACCGGCUGUGGAAAGAGCUCUUCAGGAAACACCAUUCUGGGAAGGGAAGAGUUUGAAGCUGAAUCAAGCCUUAAAUCAGACAUCAAACGCUGUCAGAAAGCAUCGGGGGAGGUGGACGGUCGUCCUGUUGUUGUGGUCGACACUCCUGGUCUGUUGGACAGUAGUUUGAGCCAGGAGGAAGUCACUGAGGAGCUGUCGAAAUGCAUCGGUCUUCUGGCUCCAGGACCACAUGUCUUCCUGUUGGUGUUACAAAAUCGGCAGAUCGCACCAGAAGAGAAGGAGACACUAAAAUUAAUCAAGGAAGUCUUUGGGAAGAAUUCUGAAAACUUCACCAUCAUUCUUUUCACUGGAGGAGAUUCACUGGAAACUGAUGAAGUGUCCAUUGAAGAAUACAUAGAAAAGAAAUGUGACGAUUCCUGUAAGAAGCUGAUUGCUGACUGUGGAGGAAGAUACCAUGUGUUCAAUAACUAUGAUGAAGGUAACCGGACACAAGUCAGAGAGCUGAUAACCAAGAUUAACUCCAUGGUGAAGACAAAUGGAGGCAGCUGCUACACUAAUGAGAUGCUGCAUGAAGCAGACGUUGGGAGGAUCCUGAAGGAGAAGGAAGACGAGAUGGAGAGACAGAGAGAGGAAAUGGGAAGAAAACACGAGGAAGAAAUGCAAGAGGUGAAAAGCAGAAUGGAUGAACAGAGAGCAGAAAUUGAAAAGGAGAGACAACUGAGAGAAAAACUGCUUGAAGAAAAGGAGGAAAAGAUAAACAAGGAACAUGAGGAGAGAAAGAAAGAACAAGAAAUGAGAGAAGAAGAAGACAGGAAGAGAAAGCAAGCUGAAGAAUUACAACGACAGGAGUGGAGACAAAAAGUCGAAGCUUUGGUGCAAAAAUUAAAGUUGGAGUCAGAAAUAAAGGACAGAGAGCUGAAGGAGAGCAGAGAUGGGAUGAAAAAAGAACGAGAGAACUGGGAGAGAAAACAACAAGAAUGGUGGGACAGAAGAUAUCAAGAAGAUGAACAAAGACGACAAGAGGAACAAACAAGACUUAGAAAACUUCAAGAAGAGUACGAACAAGAAAGAAAGAGAGAUAAAAAUCAGAGAAUCAAAGAGGACGAAUCAGAAGAACAAGAGGAAAAAGAGAGAAAAGAGUUGGAGGAGAAACAGAGAGCAGAAGUUGAAAAGGAGAGAAAUCUGCGAAAGAAACUACAUGACCUACUUGAGGAAAAGGAGGAGAAGAUAGAAAAGGAACGAGAGGAGAGAAGGAAGGAACAGAAAAAGAGAGACGAAGAAGGCAGGAAGAAAAUGCAAGAGGAAGAAAUUCAGCGACAGGAGUGGGAACAAAAAAUUCAAGCUUUGGAGCAAAAAAUAAAAUUAGUGGCAGAAUCAAAGGAAACAACUGACAGAAAGCUGGAGGAGAGCAGAGAAGAGAUGAGAAAAAAACGAGAGAACUGGGAGAGAAAACAACAAGAAUGGUGGGACAGAAGAUAUCAAGAAGAUGAACAAAGACGACAAGAGGAACAAACAAGACUUAGAAAACUCCAAGAAGAGUACGAACAAAGGGAAAAAUCCUUCAAGAAAACAAUGGAAGACGACCGAAUCAGAAGAGAACAAGAGGAAAAAGAGAGAAAAGACAGAGAGGAAAAACAGAGAGCAGAAGUUGAGAAGGAUAGACAACUGAGAGAAAAACAACUGAAAGAAAUGGAGGAAAACAUAAACAAGGAACGUGAGGAGAGACAGAAAGAACAGAAAAUGAGAGAAGUAAAAGACAGAACGAGAAAACUCGAGGAAGAAAUUCAGCGACAGGAUUGGGAACACAAAGUUUCAGCUUUGGAGCAAAAAAUAAAGUUAGAGUCCGAAUCAAAGGAAAGAAAGCUGGAGGAGAGCAGAGAAGAGAUGAGAAAAGAACGAGAGAACUGGGAGAGAAAACAACAAGAAUGGUGGGAGAAAAGAUAUCAAGAAGAUGAACAAAGACGACAAGAGGAACAAACAAGACUUAGAAAACUCCAAGCAGAGUACGAACAAGAAAGAAAGAGAGAUAAAAAUAAGAGAAUCAAAGAGGACCGAAUCAGAAGAGAACAAGAGGAAAAAGAGAGAAAAGAGUUGGAGGAGAAAUAUAAGACAAAAAUGGAGAAUCUGAUGAGGACGUAUGAAGAGGAACCCAGAAAGAGAGCUGAAGCGUUCAAUGAAUUCAAAGAAAGAUACGACAGGCAGUUUGCUGCUCAGAAGCAAGAGCACGAGAAACAGCUGAAGGACAAAGACGAGGAGUACGACCUCUUAAAGGCUCGUUCACACUGCAGAGAGGAACAAAUAAAGACAGACCACCAAAGUGAGAUUUCUGAAUUAGUGAAAUGUGUGACCAAAAAGGCAGACAAUGCGAAAACAAUCGAUGACUUACUGAAAAAACAUGAAAGGGAAAUGAAGAAUGUGAAAAACGACGAAGAAAAGAAAAUUCUGCAGCGAAUGCAUGAAAAACAAAUAAGUGACUUGAUACAGAAACUUCUGGAAGAAGAAGAAACAUCAUGGUGUUCGAUUUUAUGAGGAUUUGUUUCUCGUAAAUGUCACAACAGCAGAGCAGUUUGAGACGUGCUUCGUUUAUUGUGGAAACAUUUCACUAUGAUAGUUUACAGUCGAUUACUCUGCAGUACGUACCAUGGACAUAAAAAUACUUCUUAUUGGCUGCUAGUCUUUGCAGUGUUAAACUGCAGUAACCAUAGCAACUGUACUAAUGCUUCACUUUGUUAGCAGUUAAAAGAGUUUAUUUUUUUAAAUGCCUCACGUACAAUACAAGACCUUUCAUACAGUUAGAAUUACACUCACACAGUUUUAAUGUGACUGUGAUCAUGUUGAUGUUGACUUUCAUAAACAUACUGCAUGUUACAGGUAGUUUCAGCAAUAAUAUGCAGUUUUUGGUUGCAGUGCUUUUUAUUUGCCAAGUUUUAAGUAAUUGCAUUUUAUGCAAUAUGUUUUAUUUCAGCCCAUAUGUUUAUGAAAUAACUUGAAUAUAUGGUAAUAUCGCUGAAUUGUAGAGCUCAAACUAAUGACUGAGGAGAAAUGUGGAGCAGCUGAGGACGACUGCACUAACACAUUCACACCUCAUUAUCUUAUUUUGUAAUAGUUUUUUGUUUUUUUUUAAUUUACAUCAUACUUUGUGUUUGUCUGUUU